UGUCUGCUGAUAGCCUGGGUAUUCACCGUUCUGGCUGUGAUCAAGGGUGUCAAAACGCUUGGAAAGGUCGUGUAUGUAACAGCAACCGCCCCAUAUAUCUUCCUGGCGAUCAUCUUCAUCAAAGUAUUAACGAUGGGGCCGCGGACGGGAUUAAAACUUACGUUACUCCGGAUUUCUCGAAACUUCUCACGUUUCAGGUAUGGAUAGAGGCUGCUCUUCAGGUCUUCUAUUCGUUAGGGCCAUCAUGGGGAGGUGUCAUAACCAUGGCUAGCUAUAACCGUUUCCAUCAAAAAUUGUUUUGGUCAUCGACACUUUGUGUUAUAGCAGCUGGAUUUACGUCUUUUUUUAAUGGUCUUGUUGUGUUUGCCUUGCUUGGGGUUAUGGCCAAGCAGUCCGGAAUGACAGUCCAUGAGUCUGCAUCUCAAUCAGGUCCUGGUAUAGCCUUUGUGGCCUUCCCGACCAUCCUCAGCACCAUGCCAUUGCCCCAGUUGUGGUCUGUUCUAUUCUUCAUCAUGCUGAUCACAGUUGUGUUUGACAGCCUGUUUGGAAUGUUCGAAACGAUUACCAGUUUUCUUAUUGAGACGUUUCCACGGCAACUGGUCAAACGACGAGUUCUGGUAAACAUAGUGACUGGCCUUUUGUUCUUCCUGUCUGGAUUGCCAUUGACUAUGAACACUGGUAUUUCCCUGCGUUUGCAUUGUUAAUGGGAUCAUUUCUUGAAAUCGUAGCUGUUUGUUGGGUAUAUGGUACGGACCGGUUUGCAAACGAUAUAAAGUUGAUGACAGGUCGAGAGGUCUCUGUGGCCCUCCGUGUGAUGUGGACACUCGUUAUACCGUUCUUUGUAAUUGUUGCGUUCAUAUUUAUGCUUGUCCAGUAUUCUACUCCGACUUACGGUGGCUGGUAUGUGUACAGUUCGGGUGCU